AUGAGUUCAACCAAGGAAGAUGUGGAGAAGUUCUUGGACAGUAAUCCUGCCUUUGCCAAGGAAUACUAUGACUCAAAACUACAAUCUGUACAUGUUGCCAACUUGCUGGGAUCUCAACAACCAAAUAUCGACUUCAGUACUUUCCGGGAAGUAAACUGUGUUGAGGAAAGUGAAAUCAUUUUUGAGCUGAUUCGAGACAUGCAGGAUGUUAAUAUGGAAAAAACAGUGUUUAAUAUACUCAGGAGGAUUGUUUUUCUCAUUCACGCAGAUCGCAUGAGUUUGUUCAUGUACAGAUCCAGGAAUGGCAUUCCUGAACUUGCCUCCAGGCUGUUCAAUGUUCAGAAAAAUUCUGUUUUCGAAGAUUGUUUUGUUCCGCCAGAUUGUGAAAUCGUUUUUCCUCUUGACACUGGGGUCAUUGGAUAUGUGGCUCACACUAAGAAAACAAUGAAUAUCGUGAAUAUACAUGAGGACAACCGUUUCUGUAAUUUUGUGGAUGCCCUUACAGAGUAUGAAACAAAAAGUGUUCUGGCGACGCCAGUAAUGAAUGGGAAAGAUGUCGUUGCUGUUAUAAUGGCUGUAAACAAAGUAAAUGGACCAAAUUUCAGCACAAAGGAUGAAGAAAUUAUGUUAAAGUAUCUCAAUUUUCUCAACUUAACACUCAAGAUCUACCAAAUGAAUUACCUCCAUGGGUGUGAAACUAGGAAAGGGCAGAUUCUUUUAUGGUCUGCAAGCAAAGUAUUUGAAGAACUGACUGAUAUUGAGCGUCAGUUUCACAAAGCCCUUUACACAGUGCGCGCCUUUUUGAACUGUGAGAGAUACUCAGUUGCACUCCUGGACAUGACAAAGGAAAAGGAAUUUUUUGAUCUUUGGCCAGUACAAAUGGGUGAAGUACCACCAUAUGAUGGCCCAAGAACCCCAGAUGGAAGGGAAGUAAACUUCUACAAAAUAAUUGAUUACAUCCUUCAUGGAAAAGAGGAAAUUAAAGUCAUCCCGAACCCGACUCCAGACCAUUGGGCCCUAGUUAGCAGAUUGCCAACAUACGUUGCAGAAACUAAUCUUAUAUGCAACAUUAUGAACGCAGCUGCAGAUGAAUUCUUUGCAUUUCAGAAAGAGCCACUUGAUGCUUUGGGAUGGACAAUUAAGAAUGUGCUAUCGAUGCCAAUUGUGAACAAGAAAGAGGAAAUUGUUGGAGUUGCCACCUUUUAUAACAGGAAGGAUGGAAAGCCAUUUGAUGAGAUGGAUGAAAGUCUGAUGGAAGCCUUGACACAGUUCCUGGGGUGGUCUGUUUUGAACACUGAUACAUAUGACAAAAUGAACAAACUAGAAAAUAGGAAAGACAUUGCCCAAGACAUGGUGCACUACCAUGUUAAAUGCUCUAAAGAUGAAAUACAGGACAUCCUGAAAACCAGAGAACGCAUUGGUAAAGAACCAGAAGAAUGUGAAGAAGAAGAUCUUCAAGAAAUAUUGGUUGCAGAACUUCCAGAUGCUAAAGAAUCAGGAAUCCUUGAAUUUCACUUUUGUGAUUUUGAAUGGUCUCCAUUGGAGCUUGUGAAAUGUGGAAUACGGAUGUAUUAUGAACUUGGUGUUGUUGAGAAGUUCCACAUACCACAGGCGGUAUUGGUCCGUUUCAUUUAUUCUCUGAGUAAAGGAUACAGAAAAAUCACCUAUCACAACUGGCGCCAUGGGUUUAAUGUUGGGCACACCAUGUUUGCACUGCUCAUGACUGGAAAACUAAAGCGCUACUACACAGAUCUGGAGGCUUUAGCCAUGGUGACAGCUGCAUUUUGCCAUGACAUUGAUCACAGAGGAACAAACAACCUCUAUCAAAUGAAGUCACAGGAUCCAUUGGCAAGACUUCAUGGCUCGUCCAUUAUGGAACGCCAUCACUUGGAGUUUAGCAAGACUCUGCUCCAAGAUGAGGAUUUAAAUAUUUAUCAAAAUCUCAACAGAAGACAGUAUGAACAUGUAUUACAUCUGAUGGACAUUGCCAUUAUUGCUACAGAUUUGGCACUUUAUUUCAAAAAAAGAACAAUGUUUCAAAAAAUAGUGGAUUUGUCUGAAACAUAUGAAAAUGCUGAUGAAUGGGUGCAGUUUAUGAUACUGCAAACAACCAGGAAAGAAAUUAUCAUGGCCAUGAUGAUGACAGCAUGUGAUCUAUCUGCCAUCACAAAACCUUGGGAAGUGCAGAGCAAGGUAGCUCUUUCUGUAGCAGCCGAAUUCUGGGAACAAGGUGAUUUAGAACGAACUGUAUUAGAACAGCAACCUAUUCCCAUGAUGGACAGAAACAAGGCUGCUGAACUUCCAAAACUUCAAGUUGGCUUCAUUGACUUUGUCUGCACAUUUGUAUACAAGGAAUUCACCAGGUUUCAUCCUGAAAUUCAGCCUAUGCUCAGUGGUAUACUCAACAACAGAACGGAGUGGAAAGCACUGGCUGAUGAACAUGAGGCAAAAGUGAAAGCCAUCGAAGAAGAGAAACAACGAAAGGAAGAAGAACUUGCAGCAAAACAAGCUAAUGUUGAAUCACAAAAGGCACAAGGUUCUCAGUCUAAGACAUGUUCUCUCUUGUAAACUACAGCAAGAAGAAAUCAAUAACAAUUUUUGGAAUCUUCAUCAGCACUAUAAUACAGACAUAUAGAGAAAAAUAGUCAACUUUUCAAAAUUAAUUACAUCCUUAAAAUUGAGUUCAAAAAUAGCAAGCAUGGCAGUUAAAGUAAAACCUUUAAACUUCCUUAGUUACAAGAGCCUCAUGUUAUAUAUUAGAAAAAUGGAUUUAGAAAUAUCAGGUGAAGAAUUGUGAAGAAUUUAUU